AUGCUACCCAACCCACAGACGACUUACUUCUCAACAUUUAGACAAGUCUACACUGCAGGCUAUGCUACAUCUCUGAUCUCUCUCAUAACAGCUAUUAUUGUGUUCACCAUCUUCAGAAAAUUCCACUGCACUCGAAACUACAUUCACAUCAACCUUUUUGCUUCUUUCAUCCUCCGUGCCAGCGCAGUUUUCAUUAAAGAUGCGGUGCUUUUUUCUGAUGAAACCCUCGAUCACUGCUUCAUGUCAACGAUGGCAUGCAAGUCUGCUGUAGCGUUCUUCCAGUUUAGCAUCUUGGCUAAUUAUUUCUGGCUGCUAGUGGAGGGAAUGUAUCUUCAGACUCUUCUGGCUUUAACCUUCAUCUCCCAGAGGAAAUACUUCUGGUGGUACAUACUGAUAGGAUGGGGUGUUCCCUCGGUCGUACUGAUUGUGUGGGUCCUGACCAGAAAUUUUUAUGAUGACAGAGGAUGCUGGGAUGAUACAGAUAAUGUUGCUAUCUGGUGGAUAAUUAAAGGACCCCUAACAGUCUCCGUCAACAUCAUCAUUUUCCUAAACGUGAUCCGCAUCCUUGUGCAGAAGCUGAAAUCUCCAGGUGUCGGAGGCAAUGACACUGGACAUUUCAUGAGGCUUGCCAAGUCCACUCUGUUCCUGAUCCCUCUGUUUGGGAUGCACUACACUGUGUUUGCAUUUCUGCCAGAGAGCACAGGAGAGACAGCCAGACUCUACAUAGAGCUCGGGUUGGGCUCCUUUCAGGGAUUUGUGGUAGCACUGCUUUACUGUUUCCUUAAUGGAGAGGUGCAGGCAGAACUGAAGAGGAGACUGUGGAAGUGGCAGACACAGUGUCACAGGAGCUCAGGGAAGCGCAACACCACCAUCACACAGAUAUCAGUGCUGGACAGAGCCGACCCACAGACGUCUCUCUGCUCUGGCAACAUGACAUCACUAUGA